AUGUCAUCACAACUCCACAUGAGUCGAUCCUCUCUUCAAACACCGACGAAAGACACGUCAAAGCUGGUCAGAUCUCUCAAAAAGCAUCAAGAACAGGCGGAGUCCGUCUUUGGUGGCUUCAAGAGCCAAUGGAUCUGCAAUUGCAAUCUUAAUAGUUGUCAUUCGUGUGGCAUCUCUACGGAAGGGUCGGAUAUGAGACUCCUUCUAAAUGGGGCGAGGAAUCAGCAUCUAAAACUCGAGGUGGUAACGCAAAUCGAGAUGCAACGGUUAAACGAAUUAACUUCUGAACCAACGACGAUUCCUACCCAAGCUGACUUGGAAUGUUUGACGCAAAACUCUCUGAGGAAACGUAUAUCCAAGAACAUGAGGAAACAAGGCAAGAGCAUCAGCAGACUAGUGCCGUCAACAUUGUUCUCAUUGUCGGACCCAAACAGUGCCAAGGUGAAUAAUAAAUACGACAAAGGCCUUGAAAGAGCACCUGAAAAACUGAAGAAAAGACAACAACAAGAAGACAGUACGAAGAAUUCAUGGAGUCCCAAGGUCCAGUUCAGCUUGCCCCCAGAACCGGUUGCAACUCCAACUACUCCCACCGCUGUUAACCGCAUGGAUCAAGCAAUCAGCGACAUGUGUCUUACCAUCGAGACACCAAGUCAAGAAUCGUGUCUGGGAUUCUUAAAGCUAUCAGACGCCAAGUUAUUCCUGCAUCUUGAUACCGUGAAUUAUCCAGAGCGUCACGAGAUGCAAACUUUUGAGGAAUUCCUUAGCGAACGGUACCCGCGAGACUUUCGGCUAAACCUGGGCUUAACAGUUAUCAUGCUCAUCCUCAAGCUUGGCCCCUCGUGGAUCCCAGAGAAACCACUUAAAUCAUCACUCGUUAUACUGCAAACUCCAGGGUGUCCACCCCAGCCCUUCAUAUCACAUCCCUCCAUCCAUGCAGCGCUUGAAUCAACACAUACAAUAGAGUUUCAGAAGGAGAAAGAAAAAGGAACAUUCCUUGCUCUUGGUAUAAUUUUGCUUGAGUUGCUUUUUCGUAAAAGCCUCGAGGAACAGUCGUUCUGGGCAACGUUUACUGAUAACGGAAAACGACAUGAGUUCACUGAUUUUGCAGCAGCGAGUCGGUGGCAGAAGGAUGCUGUGUAUGAAUAUGGAGAAAAGGUUGCGAAUGCUAUUGGCAAGUGUGUGAACUACACUGUUGACAACUCGGUAAAUCUACGCAGUGCAGAGUUUCUAAAAGAAGUGUGGGAGAAGGUGUUGAGACCUAUUGAAGAGACCUUGGCAUGUUCUAGCAGUGUAUCAUAG